AAACCACUGCUUCAGUUGUUUUUAGCGUGUUCGUUGACGGCAGCCGCAAACAUGUCUGUGUUCCGCUGUGUUGUGUUUUUAACACUUUAUAAUCAAGUCUGCGGCGUUUUUCACAAACUUUACUGCACCGUGUCAGAAAACUGCGACUGCGACUUCAAACCCAACAUCAAAGACUUGGAAUGGGACCUGUACAAGAAUAUUUAUGGACAACACCUGGCCCAGGACAUUGUGUCAGAGGAGGUCGCCACGUUCCUUCAGAAUAAAAGCCCCGAUCGGCCCCUGGUGCUGUCCUUCCACGGCUCCUCUGGGACAGGAAAGACGCUGGUUAGCACAAUGCUGGGAAAUCAUCUGUACGGCUCAGCCAUGAGCAGCCCAUAUGUCCACCAGUUUGUCCCCACGCUGCACUUCCCCUUACCUCACUUUGUCAAAAAGUACAGGGUGGAGCUAAAGAGCUGGGUGGAGGGGAACCUGACGGACUGUGGUCGCUCCGUCUUUAUUUUUGACGAGAUGGAGAAGAUGCCUCCCGGCCUCAUCGACGUCCUGGAGCCUUUCCUCGGUCCUAAUCACAUUGUGUUCCGUACCAAUUACCGCAAAGCCAUCUACGUCUUCAUCAGCACCACAGGAGAGAAGGUGAUUAACAAAGUGAUGGAGGAGAACCGGCAGGCUGGGCGGGAGCGAGAGGAGAUCAGGCUGACUGACCUGCAGGAUGACAUCGCACAGACGCUUUACAACCACAACACAAGCGGCUUCUUUCACUCCAGCAUCAUCAAGAAGAAACUCAUCACCUGCUUCGUUCCCUUCCUGCCGCUGAGCCGGCACCACGUCGAGCGCUGCGUCCGGUCCCAGCUCUGCCAGAGGGACAGUUGUAACCGCAGUGACGUGGUGGAGGCAGUGGGGGGCGACAUGAUCUACACUCCCGUCCCCGGACAGUAUUUCUCCACCACGGGCUGCAAGGCUGUCUCUGCCAAAAUCAACUUUUUCCUUUGACCUGAAACUGCGAGGGAAAUCUGUCUGAAUGAGUCUGUGCCACUGAGACGUCCACUGAGACGUCCACUGAGACGUCCAGAGACAACGUCCAGAGACGCCUGGUUCAGAGUCAAAGAUGCACCUCAGUUUCUUCACUAAAGACUACAUCUGAGGACAGUUUGUUGACACUGAUGGUGAGACAUGUCUCACUCUACCUCAAACCCAACUCCACCUUACGUUUAUGGAGUUGGUUCCAUGUGGGGUGAGAUUUCUCAGGCGACGUGACUCUUUUUAUUUGUCUUAAAUUCAGCUGGAAACAUGAAUGUUUGUUUUUCUGUUUCUGAGGUUCGAAAAGUGUCCAUGGAGAGUUUUUAAAAAAAGAUAUAUUAUAUUUAUUUUAAAGAACACUAAAUGUUUUACAUUGAUGAGGAAAAAAAAGUGUUAAAAGGUUAAAAAGUGAAUUCACAAAGAAAUUCAGUGACAAACGUGCAGAAUCACCAUCUUUGUCUCUACGACGACAGUUCAACCGAAUGUGAUCAAGUUAACUGUAAGAAGAUGCAAUAAUGUGGUUGAGGAUUAGGAUUAGGAUUAACCCUGUUAGACGACUGAAAACACACACAUGUCCAGGAAAGUAUGUAGUACUUGAGGAAUUGAUUGCAUACAAAAAAGUGAGUGGUUUAGAAUUUACUUUAAAUAACUUCAAAUGAUUGUAUAUUGUAUAUUUUAUAUAUAUAUAUCUGCCAAUCUUUACCCAGAGCCUUUGUUCUAUGUUUGCUGAUAAGGAGGGGAACCGGAAGCAUUAUUUUCAGAAUAAAAGUCCACAUUUUGUAAUAA